CUUACAAUAUGGUUAAAUCAUGUAUUGAGUAUAAUAACGCAUUCAAAUAACUGAGGAAAAUUAUGUUUUUGGAGGAGUGGCCUCGGAAACUCCUACUACUAUUAAAAUUACGUUUCAUGUAAUUUCUUUUUCAUAAAUUUAAAUAAUUUUAAUGAGUUUUUUUUAAUAAUAAUAUGAAUUGUUGAGUAAUUUUUGUGUUGUGCAUUCAGUGUGUGUUAAUCAGUUUAAAGCUUACAAUUAGUCAUUCUAGUGCCGGUAUCUCAUAACCUUUACUUUUCGUUUAAUUUAAUUAACACAGUGAAUUAGUUCUUAAAAAAUAAUAAUCAUGGCUAAAACUAUUGAAAAUAGUUUUGUUGAUAUUUUUGAACCCCGUCGAAAAGAACGAAGUAAUAUGUCAUGGGUGACAAGAUCUUGGAAUCCAGUAGUUGCAUUUAAAAGAUACCAAAGGAUAAAUCCAGAGGAUUUGAAGUUUAAUGUAUUAAAAAGUGAUCGAUUACAAAUCAUUUUAGAAAAGAUUGCUGAAGAACAAAAUGUACCUGUGAAUCUACUUAAGAAGAAUAUUAAACCGCUUUUAGAUGAAAUUGGCUUUACAAAAGAUAUGAAUGUAAUCAGAGCACUUUGUAUUUUAUUGAUUAAAAUUUUGAAACGAGUUUGCUCAAAAAUUUACUUAAAUGUUCACACCAUUGAAAAUAUAAAACGAAAUAUGGGACAAAAUCCUGUGAUAUUUUUACCAAGUCAUCGUAGCUAUGCAGAUUUUAUUUUAAUGUCGUACAUUUGUUUUACCUCGAAUAUAGAAAUACCAGCCAUAGCUGCUGGAAUGGAUUUCCACGGGAUGUGGGGUAUGGGCUCAAUUUUACGUGAUACUGGUGCAUUUUUUAUGCGCCGUCAAUUUGCAAAUGAUCGUGUCUAUUCAAAUGUAUUUGCUGAAUAUAUUAGAGAAUUAGUUAUUAACGGUGAUAUUGCUCUAGAAUUUUUUAUUGAAGGGACUAGAUCUAGAAGUUUAAAAUCACUUCCACCUAAAUUUGGUCUUUUAUCGAUGGUACUUAAACCAUUCUUUUUCGGUGAAGUACCUGAUAUUACUAUAAUUCCAAUUAGUAUUAGUUAUGAUCGAGUUAUGGAAGAAACAUUAUUUUCUACGGAGUUAUUAGGUGUGCCAAAACCAAAAGAAUCCACAACUGGAUUAUUCAAAGCGAUAAAUAUAGUAAAUGAAAAAUUUGGUAAUAUAUACUUUAACUUUGCUGAACCAAUUUCAGUAAAAGAAUAUUUUGGUAAUAAUAUAAGUCGUUCAACGCAUGCGCUAGGUGCAUUAAAUACACAAAGUUUAAAUGACUACGAAACAGAACAUAUAGCACGUUUAGCUUAUGACAUUGUUAAAACCCAACAGAAUCAUUGUAUAAUCAAUGCAUUUAAUAUAAUUGCAUUAUUAAUUAGUAAUAAUUUAAUAAGCGGUAACGAUACUUAUGAAAUUCAACAAUUAAAAUCAGAUAUGUUAUGGCUGAAAAAUAUUUUUGAACAAUUUGGUGCAAUUGUAUGUGUAAAUGAUACAGAUGCUGAUUUAGCGAAUGCAUUAGAAGUUCAUCGUAAUUUAAUAACGUGUUCAGAAAGUGAUCAAUUGAUACGAAUUGUUAAAAAUGUUUUGUUAUUUGGUAAAUAUGAUAAGAAACGUUUAAAAGGACAUGAAUUAGAUUUACAAACAAUGAAUACAGCAUUACCAUUGGUUAAAUUACAAAUUUAUACGAAUCCUACGUUACAUUUUAUUGUUGGUGGUGCCAUAAUGGCAAUGAUUUUUGAAAAAUAUCAUCAAAAUGAGAGCAGUAGGGGAUUAAAAAAAGAUGAAAUUUGGACACAUUUUCAAUGGUUAAGAAGAUUAUUUGCAUUUGAAUUUGUAAUUUAUAAAGAUCGGGAACGUUUAGAAUUUGAAGAUUCACUAAGAAAUUUAGAGCAAUUAAAUGUAAUUAAAAAUAUAAAUCAGGAAAAAUCGUCAUCAGUAUUUGUAAUUGGUGUAAAUGAUAAAUUACAUACGUUAUUAUGUAAUUGUUUAACACCAUUUAUAUUAACAUACGAUAUUGUAUGUGAAGUAUUACUGCAGGUAAAAGUUAAAAAUUCUGAAAAAGAAAUUUUAUGUUUUGUACAACGACGUGUUGAAGAAAUAUUUAAUGAAGCAGUUACCAAAUAUGUUCACCCAUAUGCUUUGUCGUUAGAUACAAUUGUUACCGCAUUACAAAGUUUAUCAGCUUUAAAUGGUGUUAAAAAAUUCCGACAGGAUAAUAUUGUGUACUAUAGUCCAAUUAGUGAUGUGUUACAAGGCGUACGGGAUAGUCUAGGUGGUUUUUUAUUCGCAACUAAUACAAGAAAAAAUCAACUCGAACUUCAAGUUAAAGAAAAUCGCCAAACUGUAAUUUCAAUAUUUGAUAGAAUUACUUAUACAUUUAAUAUAUGUGUGGAUGUAAUUGGAUUAAUUUGUAUUAUUUUUUUCCUAAGUGUGAUAUAUUUAUUAAAAUUUGUACCAUUAUUUAGUAGCGGAGGAAAUUGUCGUUUUACAUUAUGGCCAACAAUUGCGCGUAUUUUUAUUUAA